AUGGAGAAUACACCGGAACAGUGGUAUAAGAACUUACCCAUUCUGACGCGUGUUUUGCUUACCGUCAUCUUUGGCGUCACCGUCCUCGUGCAGCUGGAGUUCCUGAACCCGGGACUGUUGUUCCUCAACUGGCCCAUGAUCAUAAACAAGCUGCAGGUUUGGCGGCUGUUGACACCAGCCCUUUUCUUCGGCACUUUCAGUUUCCAGUUCUUGUUGCAGAUGUACUUCUUCACGUCUUUCUCAUCCAAGUUGGAGCAAAACGAGGUUUUUUCUCAGCCCGGGGACUACCUCUUCUUCCUGCUUGCACAGAUCCUGCUCCUCGACGUCAUAUCCUUGGCGCUGAUGUGGCCGAGCGGUUUCCCAACUUUGGGUCCUCCUUUGGUCUUUGCAAUCUUGUACUACUGGAGCCGUCGCGAACCCUACGCCAGACUUAGCUUCUUCAGCUUCACCAUCCAGGGCUACCAAUUCCCGUUCGCGCUGAUCUUCUUCCAGCUGCUGAUAGGUGGAAACAUUUGGAUGGACCUGUUGGGGCUGGCUUCUGGCCACAUUUACUACUUCCUAGCAGAGGUCGUGCCACAAGAGUACGGAUAUGUCCUGGUCAAGACUCCAGCGUUCUUGUCCAACUUCAUGGCAAGAUAUGCUGCUCCAGGAGUCGCUGCCAACCGGCCUGCAGCCACUGCACGGCCACAGCCCACCAACUUCGGAGGGGGGGGUCAGCGACUUGGUGGCAACUGA